AUGGAGUACUUGAACAGAUCUUUAAAGCAGCUGAAAUCAAAUCCAGAUUUUAACUAUCAUCCUAAAUGUGCAAAAUUGGGAAUAGUUCACAUUUGUUUUGCUGAUGACUUAUUAAUGUGCUGUAGAGCUGAUAAGGUAUCUAUUGAACUUAUGAUGAAACAAUUUGAAAAAUUCUCCACAGCUUCAGGCUUACAGGCUAACAUGGAAAAGAGCUCAUUCUAUGUGGCAGGAAUAUCUAAUCAACACAAGCAAGAAAUACUGGAGAAGUUGCAGUUCACCAUUGGAGAAAUAUCAUUCAAGUACUUAGGUGUCCCUUUGUCCUUAAAAAAACUCACCAUUAGUCAAUGCAUGCCUUUGGUUGAUAGAAUGCAGGAAGGGUCAAAUGCUGGACAACCAGCUUUUUAUCAUAUGCAGGGAGAGUCCAACUAA